AUGGCCGCUGCCGCUGCCACUGCCACCACAUUCUCAGAAUCCUCCGCUUUUAAACUCCUCAAUCCACAACCGCACCACCGCAUCACUAGCCCUCUCCGUUCCACCACAACCACCCCCGACGCCGCUUCCACCGUUACUACAUUCCACGGGCUCUGCUACGUUGUGUGCGACAACAUCGACACUGACCAAAUCAUCCACGCCGAGUACCUCACUCUCGUCCCCUCCAACCCUGAUGAGUACGAGAAGCUUGGUUCUUACGCCCUCAUUGGCCUUCCAUCUUCGUACGAAACUCGCUUCAUUGACCCGGGGGAAACCAAAUCCAAAUACUCCAUUGUGAUUGGGGGAGAUAAUUUCGGCUGUGGCUCGUCCCGAGAGCAUGCCCCUGUAGCCCUAGGUGCCUCCGGAGUGGCUGCUGUUGUAGCUGAGUCGUAUGCUCGGAUUUUCUUUAGGAAUUCCGUGGCCACUGGGGAGGUUUAUCCACUGGAGUCGGAGGGAAGGCUGUGCAAUGAGUGUAAGACUGGGGACGUUGUGACCAUUGAGAUUGGGGAGAGUGACAGCAAGUUGAUUAAUCAUACCUCUGGCAAGGAGUAUAAGUUGAAGCCAAUUGGGGAUGCUGGGCCUGUGAUUGAGGCUGGUGGGAUUUUCGCCUAUGCAAGAAAGACUGGAAUGAUUCCUUCGCGCUAA